GAUUUCUUACGCUUGUCGUAAAACCGAUACCGCGGCGUGCGAGACCGAGACGUCACCCCGGCGGCGGCGUGGCGAGGAUCAUGAGCACGCAUGACCUCCAAGACAAGAUGCAGAAAAUGAGGAUGCAGCAGCAGAAAAUCGACUACGUUGUCCCGAAAGCGUCAACGUCCAUGUACCCACCGACGUCGUCUUCCAGUCGGACGAGCAACGGCACGCCUUCCCAUGGCCAAGGAGGUGGACUUUAUCACUCGGGGAUCCCUGUCGGCCAACGUGGGAGCAACACGAACUUGUAUGCGCAAGAAAGAAUCACGAGCCCACAUCGAACUGGCGGAAUGACGUACCUGCCACAACGUGGAAGCAGUCAAGACCUUUACCAACUCUGUGGAUCGGCAGCAGGGACACCGUCCAGUGGUGGUGGAGGCCGAGACUUAAUCGCGGCAGCGGCAGCGGCGUCCCAAAAGAAUCGUCAGACUCGUGGACGUCCCGGGUCGGGGUCACCGCUCGCGUCGCAUCCGUUCAACGAAGUAGCGUACUACAAGUCGACUGACGCGGCUGCGAUGUUGCGGAAAAACUUGAGCUGGAACAGCGUCGACUCUUUGGAGCACCAUGCCCGUCCCAUGCACUACGAAGAUCCAACUUCGACGAUUCGCCUCCCACGCAGCACAUCCCAACCCCAGGCGCCAGUGUCUUCGUCGCCCCACCCGCCCAACCUCGUGCACGUCGCGUCGGGGACAUUCCAAUCGACGCAAUUCAUGGAACAAAUGAACUUUGAUGACUUAGACGAAGACGACAGUAGCUCCAUCGGGUACAUGGACGAUUACGAGCAGCAGCAAGGUGUGUCCAUCACGACCGGGUUCAUGGGUGGCCAACGGUUCGACGAUGACGACGACGACCAGAUCGAUGAUAGCUGUCGUAGCGACGUAUCGUCACGCAAUGUUCAAGCUGCCCCAACUUUGUCCACGUUGCCGGCGCCGGCCCCUUACCUGUUUGCCCCUCCACCUCGAUCGACUCCCUCGUACGCCGACGACCGAAGGGUCCCAGUUUCCCCACCCAAGGACAUGGUGCGCCAGGACCAGCUCCAUCAUGGUAACGUAACAGGGCCAUACAUGGCGACAGCACUGUACUCGCCUCCACAGUACCAAGUCCCGAUGCCCCAUCGGUAUCCACCUCGUUCCGCGAUCCCCACGUCGCCUUCUUCCUAUAAACCCUACCACACCAAGCCGUCGUCGUCGCCGCCCGUUCCUGGUCCGUCGGUUCAAGCCCCAUCCACGACGACUCCCGCAUCGUCGGGACGCAAGCCACAACUGCACCAUGCACACUCAGAGAACGCCAAGUACGAGUACUCGGCCGCGGGGACCCGCCAAGAAGGCGACAUUUCGAUUUGGAUUGGAACAUGGAACCUUGGUGCCGCCGAUCCAUUCAGCGACUCGCGGGGUCUCAUGGACGAUGCCGACACCUCCCGCAUGGUGCGGCAUCUCGUUCCCGUCGGGUACGACUUGUACGUGUUGGGGGUCCAAGAAGGCGUGAACGAGAACGUUUACUUUGCCAUUCAAGCAUACUUGAAUCGGAAUCCGCAGUUGCUGCGAUACCAGCGCAAGGAACUCCGGAACGAUAAAGUCGUGCUGCCCAACAAACAAGCGCCCGUCGACGCCGUGUUCGACGCGGUCCGCGGCCGCGGCGACGGUGCGUUCAUGGGCACCAAGUUUACGGGCAUGGCGGUCUUUUGCGGGGAGCAUGUCUCGGCAGACGUCCAAGUGCUGCGUGCGGGGCUGCACAAGUUCAACAUUGCGUCGGGUUCAAAGGGCGGGGUCGCCGUCGCGCUCAAGGUCAAGCACACGACUCUGUGCUUCAUCAACUGCCACCUGGACGCGCGCAACGAUACAUACCGCCGGGAACAGAUCCGACUUCUCAACACGAACUUGGGCAAAGUCAUGGGGCAUCCAUACUUUGACCUGACACAGCAAUUUCACCAUAUUGUGUGGAUGGGAGACCUCAACUACCGCAUUGUCAAGAUGGAUGCGUCCGAGGUGUGUCGACUCUUGAGUGAAGACCGGAUCGAGGAGCUCCACGAGCGCGGCGAUGGUCUCUUGAACGACCGCAAGCAAGGCAUCUUUGAAGGCUUCAAAGAGCCCGACAAAUUUCACAACUUUUACCCGACGUACAAAAAGUUUCCGCUCCGGGGAAAUGUCGACAUGCACGAUCCAAACUGGCCCGAGCGCGUCUACCGCGUGCUGUACAAGGAGCCAUUCUACAAAGGCGGUCAAGUCAAGAAGCGUGUGCCUGGGUGGUGCGAUCGCAUCUUGGUCUACUCGACGCCAAUGCGAAAUUCCGAUCUCGUCGCGGAGAAGGUCCCGUGCCCGUUCAUGCAAGGCCGAUGGGUGGACAACUACCAGAGCAUUAACGACGGAGUGGGGAUGGAUGUGUCGGACCAUAGCCCCGUCACUUGCACCAUGCUGCUCAAAUUCGUGCGGCCGUCCAUGGCCGGCAUCCGUGGCGACAAGGGGCUGUCGCUUCCUGGGGUCCCAGACGGAGUGAGUUCGUACACCGAUCUGCGCCCAAACGUCCGUCUGCAAGGCCCGUCCUACGGCGGUGGCCCCCACGGACCGAUCACAACCGUGCUCACCCUGUUCAACAUGGUUGUCACGUGGGGCAGCCAUUCCCACGUCCCAAAAAAGACGCGGGUCGUGGCGCCGCUCAUGGGCGAAGACGAUUUGAAUCGACAGACCGAAGCCACGGGCGAACGCAACAUUUCCAUCACGAACGUUGCAACACUCAGCCUCAACGUCAAACUGCACCACGAGCGAAGUCUCCAGGACUUGCACAUGCUCGUGUGGGUGCGCCACGAAAGUGUCGUCGGUCACUGCGUCGUAUCGCUCAAGCGCGUCGCCGAUCUCCACAUCGACGGUACGGACGAGGCCCGGUACAAGGCCAGUCUGUACUUCAACGCGUCGCCCGUCACGAUGGACGGCGUCCCAGUGAAGCUGAUCUUUUCUGUGAAACCGAGCAACCUCCACGGCAUCAAGAUCAUGCACUAGCGUAGAUGCCCCCCCCCUCAUGGACAAAGCCGCAUUGUCCUCGUGUAAACGAUCACUCCUUUGUACCCUUC